AGGGGGGUGGGAAUAAGAGAAUAGAGGACACCUGUAUUAUAUCUUCUUGCUGCUCUGAAGCCGAGUUUGUACUUUAGAAAGUGUUGUCUUAAGGAACAAACCCCUUAAACAACAACACAUUUAUAUUCUUUAUAAUAAGCAUUUCAUUUUCAACACAACCAGCUCUAGUGAUUUUUUUCUCCACCUAAUUUUGUGUUGGAAAUUCACAAAUGCGAAGAGACUAAAAAAAAGGAGAAAAGGCAUUUUGUUGAAUAAAGUCUACAUUUUCAAGGCAGAGCUACAACCACAACCAGGCGAAUCACAAAACCAAGGAAUACCAGACGAGGACUCGGUGACGUAGUUUUCUUCUUGAACAAUUUGAAGAGAAUAACUAGGAAGAAAAAUGCCUGGACGCAAUACAAAUUCUGCCGACAACGUGUUUAUGAUUUCACUAUGUGUGGGGCUGGCCUUGCUCAUUGUCCGUGUGUCUGGACAAUGUGGCUAUCCUCCAGAUUAUGAGACUGCCAUACUGAAAGAUGAUCAAAUUCAAGGGCCAUCUGACUUUGUCGAGGGAUUUAAAGUCACUUAUACAUGUCGCAGUGGGUAUGUACCAGUGACUGGAUCUCCAACAAUCACCUGUACCAAUUCAGAGUGGUCACAUCUGACCUUGGUGUGUGAUCGCCGAUCAUGUGGAAGUCCAGGAGAGAUACUUAAUGGACGCUUUAAUACUGAUGAGGGUGUUCUUUUUGGAGACAAGGCUUAUGCAGUUUGUGAUGAAGGAUACCAGUUGGUAGGCAGUGGUGUCAGAAACUGUCGCGCUGCUGGCUGGGAUGGUGCCAUUCCUAUAUGUGAAAUUGUUAAGUGUCCAAACCCUCCAGAGAUUGUAAACGGUGAAAUCACAAACCCACCUCAGGGAACUGUCACAUUUGGCACAUCUAUUAUCUACAAGUGUAAUAAAGGGGUUCUGGUGGGUAAUAGGGAGCUUGUUUGCACCAAAUAUGGAAACUACAGUAGUGACCCUCCAGCAUGUAAAGAUCACAAAGGCUGCCCUUCUGUUCCAGUGGAAAAUGGCCGUAAGGUAGCCGGAUUUGGACCUGAUUAUAACUAUGGGGAUUUCAUUACCUUUGCUUGUAAUUCUGGGUAUAUUCUCCAUGGCACUGACACUGUUACAUGUGGAGUAAAUGAAAUUUGGGAACCUGAACUUCCGACUUGCCAAAAAGCUCCAACCACCACAACCACAGAAGUGCCUCCGACACCCUCUCCUGUGCUGUGUGGCACAACAUGUGGAAUCAUUCUUGGCGUAUUUGCUGCUGUCAUAUUGGUGAUUGUUGCUGUUCUGGUCUAUUGCCUGUGUUUCAGAAAUAGGAAUGGCUCAUACCAUACUACAGGAAAUCAUGAAAUGAACUCAGCUAUUAAAGAUGAUUGAUGAGCAACACAAAAAUUAUUGUGAUUUGAGUUUAAAAAGGAAAUCCUCUUCUUCUCCUGGCACUGCUGCUGCUUAUUAAAUUAAUGCCGUUCAGCUGAAAAGGAUUCUCUCCAGUGGUGUGCAUCAAUACAGGCACUAUGAUCUGAUUUUAUUUAUUUCACUGAACAUUCAAUUGUGUGCACCACUCACUUUCAGCAAUACAGUAGUAGGGGCUGGAGUUUGAAAUAAAUAGUUUAUUAGCUAUUACAUUUGAUACCAUCUGAAAAUGUUUAUAUAUAUACACCGUGCUGUGCAAAAGCCUUGGACACAUUCAGGAGUUGCAAUGUAUAUGGAUGUUGUGAGCAUCAGCGGUUUACUCCGGUCCUGCGCUGGUGUUUUCUGCUGUUGUGCAGCGUUGACUGUUCUUGAUGCAGCUUGGUUUGGGUGGGGGAGGCCAGGCUUGUCGGUUUCCGUUGAUCGGGGUCUUCAGGAACUUGUAAUCACGGCAGCUCAGGGUGAACUGUGCAUGGGCAGCUAGUGUGAGGUGUUGUGGUGGCCUUCACAUUUACACAGUGGUUCUCAACAGGGAGGGCUCACCUCCUGGGGUGGGGGAGGGGAGAGAAGCAAUCCCAGGGGGGGUGCGAGAAGCAUCCAAAAAAAAUAAAAAAUCCUUUAAAUUGACGUAAGGCACGGCAGGAUCAGAUAAACAAUGCACGAUCGAGACGUGAAAAAUACAAAGAGUAGAAACAUGCAGAAACGUCUUAGACUUUUGCACAGCAGUGUAUAUGUGUACAAUUCCCAUCACUGUUAAUCCAGUAUUGUGUAUCUUUCUGCACUGGCACGUUUCUCAGUAUGAAGGAGUAUAAUAGGUCUGUGGUAAUAUUGGCCUUUCAUAAAAGUUUAUAUAUAUAUAAGAUUGUGCAACAUUAAGAGAUUUUGUAAUCAUGUGAACUGGAAAAUAUUUGUGCAGCUUUAGAUUAAAAAAAAGCCUUAAAUUAUAUAUAUGUGUGUGUGUGUGUGUAUAUAAUGUGUUGUAUACAUUCUUGGAGUUUUAUAGGACGAUUAUUGAAGUAUGUGAAGAGAGUCUGUCAAUUGAAUUGUAUUCUUCUGUUGGCUCAAUAUCCAAUAUACCUGUACAUCACAUGCCAACCUAAUGCACUGUGCCGUAAUUCAGAUCAAACAAACAGAUCAAGUGUGCCUCAUUCUGUUUGUGGAGGGGGGAAGGGGUACAACCACUGGCUAAGGGAAUAUGAAAUCUCCACUCGGGGAUCUUGCAUAUUUAGCCUUUCACCGAAUCAUCAAUUUGCUUUUGAGGAAUCUUUUUAUUCUUCUCUGUACUGCUUUAAUAAAAAAAAAUUUAAAAAAUUGUGUUACAUAUAACUUUC